AUGUCUUCCCAUCCCCCGCCCAAGAUUGAGUCCAAUCAUAAUUAUUAUGUGGACUACGUCAUUCGGUACAGCUUCGGAGAUGUCGUGCGGGUUUUGACCAGUAUAGAACCUUCUCUGGCAGAAGAUGAGCUGCAGUUGCUCUUGAAGAAAUUAUUCGAAGUAGGGUUGCAGACGGAGGUGAGACAAGGGGAGGAUUCGUCGCUCCUGAUUUUUGUUCGGGCCUCGCGGAAGAAGAGCCUGCAGCGGGCAGUCUACCAGUCGCGCAUUCGCGACUGGCUGCACGGCGUCCGUUCUACUGAACCCGAACAGGAAUCUUCCGCUGAGCCACAGACGGAGUCCGAACGAUUGCGCAUAAUUCACCAUUUGAUGGUUCUUCCACGAGAGUACGGCGGCGCUGGUAUCACUCCCGGACACGGACAAUGGAAGAACGUGAUUGCAAUGUUCCCUCUCCACGAUGAGCAGAAGAAUAAUCAGUAUAUGAGGGAAUGGAGCAAGAAAACCUUCUUGUCUGAUGACGAUUUGGACCAAAUACGGGAUAAGUUUGGAGAAACCGUCGGCUUUUACUUUGCGUUCCUGCAAUCCUACUUCAAAUCCCUGAUAUUUCCUGCGGCGUUCGGCUUCUCUUGCUGGCUCAUUCUCGGCUCCUUUUCUAUUAUAUACACUGUCGUCAAUUGCCUUUGGUGCGUUAUUUUUAUUGAAUACUGGAAGAGAGAAGAGGAGGAUCUUAGUUGCCGAUGGCAAACCAAAGGUGUCUCAGUUGUUCGACACAAGCGACGCGAGUUCAAACCGGCCAAGGAAAUCGUGGAUGAUAUUACUGGAGAGGUCAGAGGUGUAUUCCCAGCGACGAAACGAUUACAGCGACAACUUCUCCAGGUUCCGUUUACGCUCAUUUCAGCUGUUGCUCUGGGUGUGAUAAUCGCUACUUGCUUUGCGAUUGAAAUCUUCAUUUCGGAGGUAUACAACGGGCCGCUCAAAGGGUACUUGGUCUUUAUUCCAACGAUUCUGCUUACUGCCCUGAUUCCGACGAUGAGCGGGGUCCUUGUGUCCGUUGCGACUAAACUUAACGACUAUGAAAACUACGAAACCCAAACCGCAUACGACAUGGCCUUGACACAGAAGAUUUUCGUAAUUAAUUUUAUUACUUCUUACCUCCCAGUUUUCCUAACAGCGUUUGUCUAUAUUCCGUUCGCUAGCUUGAUAGUACCUUAUCUUGACGUGUUCCACCUAACUGUCCGACCAUUCGUUUCGAAGGAGCACGCAACUACCGCACGUGCCGAAUUUGCUAUCGACCCGGCCCGGUUGCGAAAACAAGUGAUCUAUUUUACAGUCACUGCUCAGGCGGUCAACUUCGCUAUGGAGACUAUUGUCCCUAUGCUGAAGCAGCGGGCUUUACGCAAAUAUAAGGAAUAUCAAAAAAAGCGCACUGAAAGAACGGACUCAGGCCUUGAUGGAGAGGCUAGAAAGGCUUCAGCAGCUUCCCUUGAUGACCCGAAAGAUGAAGUCCAGUUUCUUACACGCGUUCGGAAAGAAGCUGAACUAGACGACUACGAUGUCACCGAGGAUCUUCGAGAGAUGUGUAUUCAGUUUGGAUAUCUGGCUCUGUUCUCCCCCAUCUGGCCGCUCGUUCCGGUGUCGUUUUUGGUUAACAAUUGGAUCGAACUCCGCUCCGACUUUUUCAAAAUCAUUAUGGAAUGCAAGAGACCCUCGCCUGAGCGUGCAGAUACUAUUGGACCUUGGCUGGAUAGUUUAGGCUUUUUAUCAUGGGUCGGUAGUAUUACUGGUGCUGCGCUCGUGUACAUGUUCAACACUGGCACUGGUGGCCCGAGUGGUGAGCCCUCAGCGAUUAAAGGAUGGGCUCUGCUGUUGACGAUAUUCUUCUCCGAACACCUCUAUCUGAUGGUGCAAUAUGUUGUGCAGACUACGAUGUCCAAGCUUGAGCCUCCCAGCGUACGGAAGGAGCGCACUGAAAACUUCCUGGUUCGGAAGAAGUACCUUGAGUCUACCUUGGGCGUACGGUCUAGCGACGAUGAAGAAGAUAUUGUGAUGGAGGAUCACUCCAUGGAAGUAUCCGACAUCACGCGAAAAUCUCUCGAAGACGACGCUCGGAACUGGUCUCGACAUGGCACAGAGCCCGAGGAGCGAUUCUGGAUGCGACAGAAGGGUUGGAAGGAGUCUGCUAAGGUGGCAUCUUCGUUUAUUCAGAAUCAAGCCAAGGUGGAUGGUAAGAAGGAUCAGUGAGGAUAUUCGGGUUGUUCGUGUGUGGAAGGCGAGCAAGACUAGACCAGAAGAUAUGAUUGAUGUAAUAGGCAUGCUGGUUUGUGUCAGAACAUUUAUGUUUAUAGAACCUUUUACAUCGACGAGAAGUGGGACGUAAGCUACUUUACGUAUCUACAUGAUCUAUGCUUAAUUUUCCGCAUGAGGAGAUGCGUGGAGUAGUCGGACCUCAUUUACAACUACCAACUUACCUACUCCAGCGGAAGUAAACCAUAGUGUAUUAUCAAUUCCCUGGUUCUGAUUUCAAAGCAAUUUGAACUGACUUAGAUUUAAG